AUGGAGUGCAGUGCCCCUCAUGCACCUCCUUUGGGUUCGACUCAAAAGUUCUCCCCCUCUCCCCCAUCUCCCCCUCUCCCCCAUCUCCCCCUCUCCCCCAUCUCCCCAUCUCCCCCAUCUCCCCCUCUCCCCCAUCUCCCCCUCUCCCCCAUCUCCCCCUCUCCCCCAUCUCCCUCUCUCCCCCAUCUCCCCAUCUCUCCCAUCUCCCCUCACAACAACAGGAGCAUCAGCGAGGCCAUGGAGUGCCCCUCGCCUACCAUCCCUUCAACGUUUCUUCUCUGUUCCUCUUUCCCCCCUCACUACUUCUCCCCCAUCCCCCCCCCACACCAACAGGAGCAUCAGCAACGGCAUCGAGUGCCCCUCACCUGCUUCUGCAGGCACCAACUUUUGGUUCGACUCACAAUCUCUCUUCCUUCCCCCUCCCCUCUUCCCCCAACAACAACAGGAGCGUCAGCGAGGGCAUGGAGUGCCCCUCGCCUGCCUCUGCCUGCACGCCAUCUCUCACGUCCCUCCUCGCCUCCUCUGCUCCUCCGCUCGCCUUCUGCUCUCUCUGCCCCAACUUCUGCACGGAUUGCAAGGCUGGUAAUGAGAGCUCCCCUCCCUGUGCGCCCCUCCCUGUGCACCCCUCCCUGUGCGCCCCUCCCUGUGCGCCCCUCCCUGUGCACCCCUCCCUGUGCACCCCUCCCUGUGCAUCCCUCCCCGUGCACCACCACUCCAUUCGCAUCGCUCCCUUUGCCGCACUCUCUCUGGCCAAAAUGUGCAUGCACUCAAUCGUGCUUCGACUCACUCACUGCUCACUCGUGCAUUCCAUUCUUUCAUUUUCAACCCCUUCCAAUUCCAUUCUUUCAUUUUCGACCCCUUCCAAUUCCAUUCUUUCAUUUUCGACCCCUUCCAAUUCCCUUCUUUCAUUUUCAACCCCUUCCAAUUCCCUUCUUUCAUUUUCAACCCCUUCCAAUUCCCUUCUUUCAUUUUCAACCCCUUCAAUUCCCUUCUUUCAUUUUCAACCCCUUCCAAUUCCUUUCUUUCAUUUUCAACCCCUUCCAAUUCCCUUCUUUCAUUUUCAACCCCUUCCAAUUCCCUUCUUUCAUUUUCGACCCCUUCCGAUUCCCUUCUUUCAUUUUCGACCCCUUCCGAUUCCCUUCUUUCAUUUUCGACACCUUCCGAUUCCCUUCGUUCAUUUUCGACCCCUUCCGAUUCCCUUCGUUCAUUUUCGACCCCUUCCGAUUCCCUUCGUUCAUUUUCGACCCCUUCCGAUUCCCUUCGUUCAUUUUCGACCCCUUCCGAUUCCCUUCGUUCAUUUUCGACCCCUUCCGAUUCCCUUCGUGCAUUUUCGACCCCUUCCGAUUCCCUUCGUGCAUUUUCGACCCCUUCCGAUUCCCUUCGUUCAUUUUCGACCCCUUCCGAUUCCCUUCGUUCAUUUUCGACCCCUUCCGAUUCCCUUCGUUCAUUUUCGACCCCUUCCGAUUCCCUUCGUUCAUUUUCGACCCCUUCCGAUUCCCUUCGUUCAUUUUCGACCCCUUCCGAUUCCCUUCGUUCAUUUUCGACCCCUUCCGAUUCCCUUCGUUCAUUUUCGACCCCUUCCGAUUCCCUUCGUUCAUUUUCGACCCCUUCCGAUUCCCUUCGUUCAUUUUCGACCCCUUCCGAUUCCCUUCGUUCAUUUUCGACCCGUUCCGAUUCCCUUCGUUCAUUUUCGACCCGUUCCGAUUCCCUUCGUUCAUUUUCGACCCGUUCCGAUUCCCUUCGUUCAUUUUCGACCCGUUCCGAUUCCCUUCGUUCAUUUUCGACCCGUUCCGAUUCCCUUCGUUCAUUUUCGACCCGUUCCGAUCCCCUUCGUUCAUUUUCGACCCGUUCCGAUCCCCUUCGUUCAUUUUCGACCCGUUCCGAUCCCCUUCGUUCAUUUUCGACCCGUUCCGAUCCCCUUCGUUCAUUUUCGACCCGUUCCGAUCCCCUUCGUUCAUUUUCGACCCGUUCCGAUCCCCUUCGUUCAUUUUCGACCCGUUCCGAUCCCCUUCGUUCAUUUUCGACCCGUUCCGAUCCCCUUCGUUCAUUUUCGACCCGUUCCGAUCCCCUUCGUUCAUUUUCGACCCGUUCCGAUCCCCUUCGUUCAUUUUCGACCCGUCCGAUCCCCUUCGUUCAUUUUCGAGCCGUUCCGAUCCCCUUCGUUCAUUUUCGAGCCGUUCCGAUCCCCUUCGUUCAUUUUCGAGCCGUUCCGAUCCCCUUCGUUCAUUUUCGAGCCGUUCCGAUCCCCUUCGUUCAUUUUCGAGCCGUUCCGAUCCCCUUCGUUCAUUUUCGAGCCGUUCCGAUCCCCUUCGUUCAUUUUCGAGCCCUUCCGAUCCCCUUCGUUCAUUUUCGAGCCCUUCCGAUCCCCUUCGUUCAUUUUCGAGCCCUUCCGAUCCCCUUCGUUCAUUUUCGAGCCCUUCCGAUCCCCUUCGUUCAUUUUCGAGCCCUUCCGAUCCCCUUCGUUCAUUUUCGAGCCCUUCCGAUCCCCUUCGUUCAUUUUCGAGCCCUUCCGAUCCCCUUCGUUCAUUUUCGAGCCCUUCCGAUCCCCUUCGUUCAUUUUCGAGCCCUUCCGAUCCCCUUCGUUCAUUUUCGAGCCCUUCCGAUCCCCUUCGUUCAUUUUCGAGCCCUUCCGAUCCCCUUCGUUCAUUUUCGAGCCCUUCCGAUCCCCUUCGUUCAUUUUCGAGCCCUUCCGAUCCCCUUCGUUCAUUUUCGAGCCCUUCCGAUCCCCUUCGUUCAUUUUCGAGCCCUUCCGAUCCCCUUCGUUCAUUUUCGAGCCCUUCCGAUCCCCUUCGUUCAUUUUCGAGCCCUUCCGAUCCCCUUCGUUCAUUUUCGAGCCCUUCCGAUCCCCUUCGUUCAUUUUCGAGCCCUUCCGAUCCCCUUCGUUCAUUUUCGAGCCCUUCCGAUCCCCUUCGUUCAUUUUCGAGCCCUUCCGAUCCCCUUCGUUCAUUUUCGAGCCCUUCCGAUCCCCUUCGUUCAUUUUCGAGCCCUUCCGAUCCCCUUCGUUCAUUUUCGAGCCCUUCCGAUCCCCUUCGUUCAUUUUCGAGCCCUUCCGAUCCCCUUCGUUCAUUUUCGAGCCCUUCCGAUCCCCUUCGUUCAUUUUCGAGCCCUUCUGAUCCCCUUCGUUCAUUUUCGAGCCCUUCCGAUCCCCUUCGUUCAUUUUCGAGCCCUUCCGAUCCCCUUCGUCCAUUUUCGAGCCCUUCCGAUCCCCUUCGUUCAUUUUCGAGCCCUUCCGAUCCCGUUCGUUCAUUUUCGACCCCUUCCGAUCCCCUUCGUUCAUUUUCGACCCCUUCCGAUCCCCUUCGUUCAUUUUCGACCCCUUCCGAUCCCCUUCGUUCAUUUUCGACCCCUUCCGAUCCCCUUCGUUCAUUUUCGACCCCUUCCGAUCCCCUUCGUUCAUUUUCGACCCCUUCCGAUCCCCUUCGUUCAUUUUCGACGACCCCUUCCGAUCCCCUUCGUUCAUUUUCGACCCCUUCCGAUCCCCUUCGUUCAUUUUCGACCCCUUCCGAUCCCCUUCGUUCAUUUUCGACCCUUCCGAUCCCCUUCGUUCAUUUUCGACCCCUUCCGAUCCCCUUCGUUCAUUUUCGACCCCUUCCGAUCCCCUUCGUUCAUUUUCGACCCCUUCCGAUCCCCUUCGUUCAUUUUCGACCCCUUCCGAUCCCCUUCGUUCAUUUUCGACCCCUUCCGAUCCCCUUCGUUCAUUUUCGACCCCUUCCGAUCCCCUUCGUUCAUUUUCGACCCCUUCCGAUCCCCUUCGUUCAUUUUCGACCCCUUCCGAUCCCCUUCGUUCGUUUUCGACCCCUUCCGAUCCCCUUCGUUCGUUUUCGAGCCCUUCCGAUCCCCUUCGUUCGUUUUCGAGCCCUUCCGAUCCCCUUCUUUCGUUUUCGAGCCCUUCCGAUCCCCUUCGUUCGUUUUCGACCCCUUCCGAUCCCCUUCGUUCGUUUUCGACCCCUUCCGAUCCCCUUCGUUCGUUUUCGACCCCUUCCGAUCCCCUUCGUUCGUUUUCGACCCCUUCCGAUCCCCUUCGUUCGUUUUCGACCCCUUCCGAUCCCCUUCGUUCGUUUUCGACCCCUUCCGAUCCCCUUCGUUCGUUUUCGACCCCUUCCGAUCCGUUCGUUCGUUUUCGACCCCUUCCGAUCCCGUUCGUUCGUUUUCGACCCCUUCCGAUCCCGUUCGUUCGUUUUCGACCCCUUCCGAUCCCGUUCGUUCGUUUUCGACCCCUUCCGAUCCCGUUCGUUCAUUUUCGACCCCUUCCGAUCCCGUUCGUUCAUUUUCGACCCCUUCCGAUCGCGUUCGUUCGUUUUCGACCCCUUCCGAUCCCGUUCGUUCGUUUUCGACCCCUUCCGAUCCCGUUCGUUCGUUUUCGACCCCUUCCGAUCCCCUUCGUUCGUUUUCGACCCCUUCCGAUCCCCUUCGUUCGUUUUCGACCCCUUUCGAUCCCCUUCGUUCGUUUUCGACCCCUUCGAUCCCCUUCGUUCGUUUUCGACCCCUUCCGAUCCCGUUCGUUCGUUUUCGACCCCUUCCGAUCCCGUUCGUUCGUUUUCGACCCCUUCCGAUCCCGUUCGUUCGUUUUCGACCCCUUCCGAUCCCGUUCGUUCGUUUUCGACCCCUUCCGAUCCCGUUCGUUCGUUUUCGACCCCUUCCGAUCCCGUUCGUUCGUUUUCGACCCCUUCCGAUCCCGUUCGUUCGUUUUCGACCCCGUCCGAUCCCGUUCGUUCGUUUUCGACCCCGUCCGAUCCCGUUCGUUCGUUUUCGACCCCCUCCGAUCCCGUUCGUUCGUUUUCGACCCCCUCCGAUCCCGUUCGUUCGUCGUUUCGACCCCCUCCGAUCCCGUUCGUUCAUUUUCGACCCCUUCCGAUCCCCUUCGUUCAUUUUCGACCCCUUCCGAUCCCGUUCGUUCAUUUUCGACCCCUUCCGAUCCCCUUCGUUCAUUUUCGACCCCUUCCGAUCCCCUUCGUUCAUUUUCGACCCCUUCCGAUCCCCCUUCGUUCAUUUUCGACCCCUUCCGAUCCCCUUCGUUCAUUUUCGACCCCUUCCGAUCCCCUUCGUUCGUUUUCGACCCCUUCCGAUCCCGUUCGUUCGUUUUCGACCCCUUCCGAUCCCGUUCGUUCGUUUUCGACCCCUUCCGAUCCCGUUCGUUCGUUUUCGACCCCUUCCGAUCCCGUUCGUUCGUUUUCGACCCCUUCCGAUCCCGUUCGUUCGUUUUCGACCCCUUCCGAUCCCGUUCGUUCGUUUUCGACCCCUUCCGAUCCCCUUCGUUCGUUUUCGACCCCUUCCGAUCCCCUUCGUUCAUUUUCGACCCCUUCCGAUCCCGUUCGUUCAUUUUCGACCCCUUCCGAUCCCGUUCGUUCAUUUUCGACCCCUUCCGAUCCCGUUCGUUCAUUUUCGACCCCUUCCGAUCCCGUUCGUUCAUUUUCGACCCCUUCCGAUCCCCUUCGUUCAUUUUCGACCCCUUCCGAUCCCCUUCGUUCAUUUUCGACCCCUUCCGAUCCCCUUCGUUCAUUUUCGACCCCUUCCGAUCCCCUUCGUUCAUUUUCGACCCCUUCCGAUCCCGUUCGUUCAUUUUCGACCCCUUCCGAUCCCGUUCGUUCAUUUUCGACCCCUUCCGAUCCCGUUCGUUCAUUUUCGACCCCUUCCGAUCCCGUUCGUUCAUUUUCGACCCCUUCCGAUCCCGUUCGUUCAUUUUCGACCCCUUCCGAUCCCCUUCGUUCAUUUUCGACCCCUUCCGAUCCCCUUCGUUCAUUUUCGACCCCUUCCGAUCCCCUUCGUUCAUUUUCGACCCCUUCCGAUCCCCUUCGUUCAUUUUCGACCCCUUCCGAUCCCCUUCGUUCAUUUUCGACCCCUUCCGAUCCCCUUCGUUCAUUUUCGACCCUUCCGAUCCCCUUCGUUCAUUUUCGACCCCUUCCGAUCCCCUUCGUUCAUUUUCGACCCCUUCCGAUCCCCUUCGUUCAUUUUCGACCCCUUCCGAUCCCCUUCGUUCAUUUUCGACCCCUUCCGAUCCCCUUCGUUCAUUUUCGACCCUUCCGAUCCCCUUCGUUCAUUUUCGACCCCUUCCGAUCCCCUUCGUUCAUUUUCGACCCCUUCCGAUCCCCUUCGUUCAUUUUCGACCCCUUCCGAUCCCCUUCGUUCAUUUUCGACCCCUUCCGAUCCCCUUCGUUCAUUUUCGACCCCUUCCGAUCCCCUUCGUUCAUUUUCGACCCCUUCCGAUCCCCUUCGUUCAUUUUCGACCCCUUCCGAUCCCCUUCGUUCAUUUUCGACCCCUUCCGAUCCCCUUCGUUCAUUUUCGACCCCUUCCGAUCCCCUUCGUUCAUUUUCGACCCCUUCCGAUCCCGUUCGUUCAUUUUCGACCCCUUCCGAUCCCCUUCGUUCAUUUUCGACCCCUUCCGAUCCCGUUCGUUCAUUUUCGACCCCUUCCGAUCCCGUUCGUUCAUUUUCGACCCCUUCCGAUCCCGUUCGUUCAUUUUCGACCCCUUCCGAUCCCCUUCGUUCAUUUUCGACCCCUUCCGAUCCCCUUCGUUCAUUUUCGACCCCUUCCGAUCCCCUUCGUUCAUUUUCGACCCCUUCCGAUCCCCUUCGUUCAUUUUCGACCCCUUCCGAUCCCCUUCGUUCAUUUUCGACCCCUUCCGAUCCCCUUCGUUCAUUUUCGACCCCUUCCGAUCCCGUUCGUUCAUUUUCGACCCCUUCCGAUCCCGUUCGUUCAUUUUCGACCCCUUCCGAUCCCGUUCGUUCAUUUUCGACCCCUUCCGAUCCCCUUCGUUCAUUUUCGACCCCUUCCGAUCCCCUUCGUUCAUUUUCGACCCCUUCCGAUCCCCUUCGUUCAUUUUCGACCCCUUCCGAUCCCCUUCGUUCAUUUUCGACCCCUUCCGAUCCCCUUCGUUCAUUUUCGACCCCUUCCGAUCCCCUUCGUUCAUUUUCGACCCCUUCCGAUCCCCUUCGUUCAUUUUCGACCCCUUCCGAUCCCCUUCGUUCAUUUUCGACCCCUUCCGAUCCCCUUCGUUCAUUUUCGACCCCUUCCGAUCCCCUUCGUUCAUUUUCGACCCCUUCCGAUCCCCUUCGUUCAUUUUCGACCCCUUCCGAUCCCCUUCGUUCAUUUUCGACCCCUUCCGAUCCCCUUCGUUCAUUUUCGACCCCUUCCGAUCCCCUUCGUUCAUUUUCGACCCCUUCCGAUCCCCUUCGUUCAUUUUCGACCCCUUCCGAUCCCCUUCGUUCAUUUUCGACCCCUUCCGAUCCCCUUCGUUCAUUUUCGACCCCUUCCGAUCCCCUUCGUUCAUUUUCGACCCCUUCCGAUCCCCUUCGUUCAUUUUCGACCCCUUCCGAUCCCCUUCGUUCAUUUUCGACCCCUUCCGAUCCCCUUCGUUCAUUUUCGACCCCUUCCGAUCCCCUUCGUUCAUUUUCGACCCCUUCCGAUCCCCUUCGUUCAUUUUCGACCCCUUCCGAUCCCCUUCGUUCAUUUUCGACCCCUUCCGAUCCCCUUCGUUCAUUUCGACCCCUUCCGAUCCCCUUCGUUCAUUUUCGACCCCUUCCGAUCCCCUUCGUUCAUUUUCGACCCCUUCCGAUCCCCUUCGUUCAUUUUCGACCCCUUCCGAUCCCCUUCGUUCAUUUUCGACCCCUUCCGAUCCCCUUCGUUCAUUUUCGACCCCUUCCGAUCCCCUUCGUUCAUUUUCGACCCCUUCCGAUCCCCUUCGUUCAUUUUCGACCCCUUCCGAUCCCCUUCGUUCAUUUUCGACCCCUUCCGAUCCCCUUCGUUCAUUUUCGACCCCUUCCGAUCCCCUUCGUUCAUUUUCGACCCCUUCCGAUCCCCUUCGUUCAUUUUCGACCCCUUCCGAUCCCCUUCGUUCAUUUUCGACCCCUUCCGAUCCCCUUCGUUCAUUUUCGACCCCUUCCGAUCCCCUUCGUUCAUUUUCGACCCCUUCCGAUCCCCUUCGUUCAUUUUCGACCCCUUCCGAUCCCCUUCGUUCAUUUUCGACCCCUUCCGAUCCCCUUCGUUCACUUUCGACCCCUUCCGAUCCCCUUCGUUCACUUUCGACCCCUUCCGAUCCCCUUCGUUCACUUUCGACCCCUUCCGAUCCCCUUCGUUCAUUUUCGACCCCUUCCGAUCCCCUUCGUUCAUUUUCGACCCCUUCCGAUCCCCUUCGUUCAUUUUCGACCCCUUCCGAUCCCCUUCGUUCAUUUUCGACCCCUUCCGAUCCCCUUCGUUCAUUUUCGACCCCUUCCGAUCCCCUUCGUUCAUUUUCGACCCCUUCCGAUCCCCUUCGUUCAUUUUCGACCCCUUCCGAUCCCCUUCGUUCAUUUUCGACCCCUUCCGAUCCCCUUCGUUCAUUUUCGACCCCUUCCGAUCCCCUUCGUUCAUUUUCGACCCCUUCCGAUCCCCUUCGUUCAUUUUCGACCCCUUCCGAUCCCCUUCGUUCAUUUUCGACCCCUUCCGAUCCCCUUCGUUCAUUUUCGACCCCUUCCGAUCCCCUUCGUUCAUUUUCGACCCCUUCCGAUCCCCUUCGUUCAUUUUCGACCCCUUCCGAUCCCCUUCGUUCACUUUCGACCCCUUCCGAUCCCCUUCGUUCACUUUUCGACCCCUUCCGAUCCCCUUCGUUCACUUUCGACCCCUUCCGAUCCCCUUCGUUCACUUUCGACCCCUUCCGAUCCCCUUCGUUCAUUUUCGACCCCUUCCGAUCCCCUUCGUUCAUUUUCGACCCCUUCCGAUCCCCUUCGUUCAUUUUCGACCCCUUCCGAUCCCCUUCGUUCAUUUUCGACCCCUUCCGAUCCCCUUCGUUCAUUUUCGACCCCUUCCGAUCCCCUUCGUUCAUUUUCGACCCCUUCCGAUCCCCUUCGUUCAUUUUCGACCCCUUCCGAUCCCCUUCGUUCAUUUUCGACCCCUUCCGAUCCCCUUCGUUCAUUUUCGACCCCUUCCGAUCCCCUUCGUUCAUUUUCGACCCCUUCCGAUCCCCUUCGUUCAUUUUCGACCCCUUCCGAUCCCCUUCGUUCAUUUUCGACCCCUUCCGAUCCCCUUCGUUCAUUUUCGACCCCUUCCGAUCCCCUUCGUUCAUUUUCGACCCCUUCCGAUCCCCUUCGUUCAUUUUCGACCCCUUCCGAUCCCCUUCGUUCACUUUCGACCCCUUCCGAUCCCCUUCGUUCAUUUCGACCCCUUCCGAUCCCCUUCGUUCACUUUCGACCCCUUCCGAUCCCCUUCGUUCACUUUCGACCCCUUCCGAUCCCCUUCGUUCACUUUCGACCCCUUCCGAUCCCCUUCGUUCACUUUCGACCCCUUCCGAUCCCCUUCGUUCAUUUUCGACCCCUUCCGAUCCCCUUCGUUCAUUUUCGACCCCUUCCGAUCCCCUUCGUUCAUUUUCGACCCCUUCCGAUCCCCUUCGUUCAUUUUCGACCCCUUCCGAUCCCCUUCGUUCAUUUUCGACCCCUUCCGAUCCCUUCGUUCAUUUUCGACCCCUUCCGAUCCCCUUCGUUCAUUUUCGACCCCUUCCGAUCCCCUUCGUUCAUUUUCGACCCCUUCCGAUCCCCUUCGUUCAUUUUCGACCCCUUCCGAUCCCCUUCGUUCAUUUUCGACCCCUUCCGAUCCCCUUCGUUCAUUUUCGACCCCUUCCGAUCCCCUUCGUUCAUUUUCGACCCCUUCCGAUCCCCUUCGUUCAUUUUCGACCCCUUCCGAUCCCCUUCGUUCAUUUUCGACCCCUUCCGAUCCCCUUCGUUCAUUUUCGACCCCUUCCGAUCCCCUUCGUUCAUUUUCGACCCCUUCCGAUCCCCUUCGUUCAUUUUCGACCCCUUCCGAUCCCCUUCGUUCAUUUUCGACCCCUUCCGAUCCCCUUCGUUCAUUUUCGACCCCUUCCGAUCCCCUUCGUUCAUUUUCGACCCCUUCCGAUCCCCUUCGUUCAUUUUCGACCCCUUCCGAUCCCCUUCGUUCAUUUUCGACCCCUUCCGAUCCCCUUCGUUCAUUUUCGACCCCUUCCGAUCCCCUUCGUUCAUUUUCGACCCCUUCCGAUCCCCUUCGUUCAUUUUCGACCCCUUCCGAUCCCCUUCGUUCAUUUUCGACCCCUUCCGAUCCCCUUCGUUCAUUUUCGACCCCUUCCGAUCCCCUUCGUUCAUUUUCGACCCCUUCCGAUCCCCUUCGUUCAUUUUCGACCCCUUCCGAUCCCCUUCGUUCAUUUUCGACCCCUUCCGAUCCCCUUCGUUCAUUUUCGACCCCUUCCGAUCCCCUUCGUUCAUUUUCGACCCCUUCCGAUCCCCUUCGUUCAUUUUCGACCCCUUCCGAUCCCCUUCGUUCAUUUUCGACCCCUUCCGAUCCCCUUCGUUCAUUUUCGACCCCUUCCGAUCCCCUUCGUUCAUUUUCGACCCCUUCCGAUCCCCUUCGUUCAUUUUCGACCCCUUCCGAUCCCCUUCGUUCAUUUUCGACCCCUUCCGAUCCCCUUCGUUCAUUUUCGACCCCUUCCGAUCCCCUUCGUUCAUUUUCGACCCCUUCCGAUCCCCUUCGUUCAUUUUCGACCCCUUCCGAUCCCCUUCGUUCAUUUUCGACCCCUUCCGAUCCCCUUCGUUCAUUUUCGACCCCUUCCGAUCCCCUUCGUUCAUUUUCGACCCCUUCCGAUCCCCUUCGUUCAUUUUCGACCCCUUCCGAUCCCCUUCGUUCAUUUUCGACCCCUUCCGAUCCCCUUCGUUCAUUUUCGACCCCUUCCGAUCCCCUUCGUUCAUUUUCGACCCCUUCCGAUCCCCUUCGUUCAUUUUCGACCCCUUCCGAUCCCCUUCGUUCAUUUUCGACCCCUUCCGAUCCCCUUCGUUCAUUUUCGACCCCUUCCGAUCCCCUUCGUUCAUUUUCGACCCCUUCCGAUCCCCUUCGUUCAUUUUCGACCCCUUCCGAUCCCCUUCGUUCAUUUUCGACCCCUUCCGAUCCCCUUCGUUCAUUUUCGACCCCUUCCGAUCCCCUUCGUUCAUUUUCGACCCCUUCCGAUCCCCUUCGUUCAUUUUCGACCCCUUCCGAUCCCCUUCGUUCAUUUUCGACCCCUUCCGAUCCCCUUCGUUCAUUUUCGACCCCUUCCGAUCCCCUUCGUUCAUUUUCGACCCCUUCCGAUCCCCUUCGUUCAUUUUCGACCCCUUCCGAUCCCCUUCGUUCAUUUUCGACCCCUUCCGAUCCCCUUCGUUCAUUUUCGACCCCUUCCGAUCCCCUUCGUUCAUUUUCGACCCCUUCCGAUCCCCUUCGUUCAUUUUCGACCCCUUCCGAUCCCCUUCGUUCAUUUUCGACCCCUUCCGAUCCCCUUCGUUCAUUUUCGACCCCUUCCGAUCCCCUUCGUUCAUUUUCGACCCCUUCCGAUCCCCUUCGUUCAUUUUCGACCCCUUCCGAUCCCCUUCGUUCAUUUUCGACCCCUUCCGAUCCCCUUCGUUCAUUUUCGACCCCUUCCGAUCCCCUUCGUUCAUUUUCGACCCCUUCCGAUCCCCUUCGUUCAUUUUCGACCCCUUCCGAUCCCCUUCGUUCAUUUUCGACCCCUUCCGAUCCCCUUCGUUCAUUUUCGACCCCUUCCGAUCCCCUUCGUUCAUUUUCGACCCCUUCCGAUCCCCUUCGUUCAUUUUCGACCCCUUCCGAUCCCCUUCGUUCAUUUUCGACCCCUUCCGAUCCCCUUCGUUCAUUUUCGACCCCUUCCGAUCCCCUUCGUUCACUUUCGACCCCUUCCGAUCCCCUUCGUUCACUUUCGACCCCUUCCGAUCCCCUUCGUUCACUUUCGACCCCUUCCGAUCCCCUUCGUUCAUUUCGACCCCUUCCGAUCCCCUUCGUUCAUUUUCGACCCCUUCCGAUCCCCUUCGUUCAUUUUCGACCCCUUCCGAUCCCCUUCGUUCAUUUUCGACCCCUUCCGAUCCCCUUCGUUCAUUUUCGACCCCUUCCGAUCCCCUUCGUUCAUUUUCGACCCCUUCCGAUCCCCUUCGUUCAUUUUCGACCCCUUCCGAUCCCCUUCGUUCAUUUUCGACCCCUUCCGAUCCCCUUCGUUCAUUUUCGACCCCUUCCGAUCCCCUUCGUUCAUUUUCGACCCCUUCCGAUCCCCUUCGUUCAUUUUCGACCCCUUCCGAUCCCCUUCGUUCAUUUUCGACCCCUUCCGAUCCCCUUCGUUCAUUUUCGACCCCUUCCGAUCCCCUUCGUUCAUUUUCGACCCCUUCCGAUCCCCUUCGUUCAUUUUCGACCCCUUCCGAUCCCCUUCGUUCAUUUUCGACCCCUUCCGAUCCCCUUCGUUCAUUUUCGACCCCUUCCGAUCCCCUUCGUUCAUUUUCGACCCCUUCCGAUCCCCUUCGUUCAUUUUCGACCCCUUCCGAUCCCCUUCGUUCAUUUUCGACCCCUUCCGAUCCCCUUCGUUCAUUUUCGACCCCUUCCGAUCCCCUUCGUUCAUUUUCGACCCCUUCCGAUCCCCUUCGUUCAUUUUCGACCCCUUCCGAUCCCCUUCGUUCAUUUUCGACCCCUUCCGAUCCCCUUCGUUCAUUUUCGACCCCUUCCGAUCCCCUUCGUUCAUUUUCGACCCCUUCCGAUCCCCUUCGUUCAUUUUCGACCCCUUCCGAUCCCCUUCGUUCAUUUUCGACCCCUUCCGAUCCCCUUCGUUCAUUUUCGACCCCUUCCGAUCCCCUUCGUUCAUUUUCGACCCCUUCCGAUCCCCUUCGUUCAUUUUCGACCCCUUCCGAUCCCCUUCGUUCAUUUUCGACCCCUUCCGAUCCCCUUCGUUCAUUUUCGACCCCUUCCGAUCCCCUUCGUUCAUUUUCGACCCCUUCCGAUCCCCUUCGUUCAUUUUCGACCCCUUCCGAUCCCCUUCGUUCAUUUUCGACCCCUUCCGAUCCCCUUCGUUCAUUUUCGACCCCUUCCGAUCCCCUUCGUUCAUUUUCGACCCCUUCCGAUCCCCUUCGUUCAUUUUCGACCCCUUCCGAUCCCCUUCGUUCAUUUUCGACCCCUUCCGAUCCCCUUCGUUCAUUUUCGACCCCUUCCGAUCCCCUUCGUUCAUUUUCGACCCCUUCCGAUCCCCUUCGUUCAUUUUCGACCCCUUCCGAUCCCCUUCGUUCAUUUUCGACCCCUUCCGAUCCCCUUCGUUCAUUUUCGACCCCUUCCGAUCCCCUUCGUUCAUUUUCGACCCCUUCCGAUCCCCUUCGUUCAUUUUCGACCCCUUCCGAUCCCCUUCGUUCAUUUUCGACCCCUUCCGAUCCCCUUCGUUCAUUUUCGACCCCUUCCGAUCCCCUUCGUUCAUUUUCGACCCCUUCCGAUCCCCUUCGUUCAUUUUCGACCCCUUCCGAUCCCCUUCGUUCAUUUUCGACCCCUUCCGAUCCCCUUCGUUCAUUUUCGACCCCUUCCGAUCCCCUUCGUUCAUUUUCGACCCCUUCCGAUCCCCUUCGUUCAUUUUCGACCCCUUCCGAUCCCCUUCGUUCAUUUUCGACCCCUUCCGAUCCCCUUCGUUCAUUUUCGACCCCUUCCGAUCCCCUUCGUUCAUUUUCGACCCCUUCCGAUCCCCUUCGUUCAUUUUCGACCCCUUCCGAUCCCCUUCGUUCAUUUUCGACCCCUUCCGAUCCCCUUCGUUCAUUUUCGACCCCUUCCGAUCCCCUUCGUUCAUUUUCGACCCCUUCCGAUCCCCUUCGUUCAUUUUCGACCCCUUCCGAUCCCCUUCGUUCAUUUUCGACCCCUUCCGAUCCCCUUCGUUCAUUUUCGACCCCUUCCGAUCCCCUUCGUUCAUUUUCGACCCCUUCCGAUCCCCUUCGUUCAUUUUCGACCCCUUCCGAUCCCCUUCGUUCAUUUUCGACCCCUUCCGAUCCCCUUCGUUCAUUUUCGACCCCUUCCGAUCCCCUUCUUUCAUUUUCGACCCCUUCCGAUCCCCUUCGUUCAUUUUCGACCCCUUCCGAUCCCCUUCUUUCAUUUUCGACCCCUUCCGAUCCCCUUCUUUCAUUUUCGACCCCUUCCGAUCCCCUUCUUUCAUUUUCGACCCCUUCCGAUCCCCUUCUUUCAUUUUCGACCCCUUCCGAUCCCCUUCUUUCAUUUUCGACCCCUUCCGAUCCCCUUCUUUCAUUUUUGACCCCUUCCGAUUCCAUUCUUUCAUUUUCAACCCCUUCUCUCCCUUGCAGCUUACCCUCCCCUGUUUCUCUGUUCACCGCGGUUCGCGGCUCAUCAUCCUUGUAGCUGUUCACCGUGUUUCACUGCUCAUCGUCGCAAGAGCCAGCUCUGGCACCUCUUCUGCCUCCUCCUUCCUCUCCCCUCCCACCCUCGACACCACCACCUCCUCCUCCCGCCCCCCCUCCCUCACCUCCUCCCGCUCCCCCUCCCUCACCUCCUCCCUCUUCCCCUCCCUCACCUCCUCCCUCUUCCCCUCCCUCACCUCCAUUACCCCCUCCCGCCCCCCCUCCUCCCAACCCUCCUCCCCCUCCCCGCUCCCCUUCCCUCAUCUCCCGCCGCUCACCAGCUCCCCCUCCCAGACCUCGUAA